AUGGCACCUCAGCCGCGAAUGCAAAUCCCCGGGUAUUACUACGAUGAGGAAAAGGGCAAAUAUUUCAAAAUCGAAAAGGGCGCCUCGGCACCGCAGACCGCCGCCUGGUCCGCCGACAAUGUCAAGCGCCGGAAGAUUCAGCACCGCGAGGCAGAGGCCGUCGCCGCCCGCCGGGAGCGGCUGAAGCGGCACAUUGUCCGAUCCGCCGCGCUACGGGCCCCGCUCAUCGGCGGCGUCUUGGACGUCGAGCUCGGCGUGCGUCGUGAGGAGAGGGCGAGGCUGCGCGUCGAUGGUGCGUUCGGCGUCGAGGAUGUUCCUGCGGCGGCAUGGGCCCGGGGGCUCGUCGACAAGGGCGAGGUGCCGUUCGUGCCCAGCUUUGCGAGGCAGAGUUUCCCGAAUAUCCCCUGUUUCUAUGUUGGCGGCGAUGAUGAAAAGACAGGGCUUGGUGUUGCGUAUGCAAGUGAGUUUGAGGCCCUUCCGAGAUUGCGACUGCGAGUUUGUGUUUUGACUUUGAUAGCUUUGGACGAGGAGACUUUGAUAGGAUCAUACAUCCCUACGGAUGACAAUGACAGGAUAUCCUUUAGCACCGAUGCCUCGAGCCGUCCUGAACGCCGACUGUCACAUCGUCACGAGAUGAUAGGUUGUCCCCAGAUCUCAUCCAUCAACUAUCAUCCACACUCGCAUCGCAUAAUGGUUACAUCCCGCGAGCCAAGUAACACGUGCGACAUCUACCUCUUUUCCCCCCCUAAAUCCGCUCCCAACGAUGACCGACCUCUCUGGUUACUUGACAGAGCAAACAACCUCCGCCACAUCUCCUUCAACACAGGCCGUCGCGAAGGCGUCGUAAACCAAACAACGCCCGCGCCGCCCUCUUCCUCCUCCCUAAACUGCAUCAUCGGCACCUCAUACGGCCUCCUCAAGCUCACCUCGGACGAGCGCAUCCACUGGCUCGGCCCGCCGCGCCCUCGCCCGGGCCCAGCGGAAGGCGACUUCUUCGACCAGACCUUCCUCCCCUCCAACCCAAACGUCCUCCUCGCCGGCGGCCGCAACCGUGACGUCAGGCUGAUUGACCUGCGCGUGAAGUGGUCCGAGUGGGAUAACGUCCCCGUCGGCGCCACGGCUCACCUGCGCGCCGUGAACCCGCACCAGUUCCUCGCCGCGGGGCCGAGAUCCAAGAUGGCACUGUUCGAUCUCCGGUACCGUAAGACGAGACCCAACGGGACGAGGCCGGUUGUGGAGUUCCCGGGUUUCCGGAACGAGGCGCACAUGCAUUUCGGGUGGGAUGUUGAUGUCGACUCGGGCGUUGUUGCCGCCGCGCACGAUGAUGGGCGGGUGGGAAUGUAUUCGCUGCUAUCUGGGCGGAGGUUGCGGUGUCCUGCUGUGGAUACCGUCAAGGCGAGGACGCCGGUGAAGAGUUGCCAGUUUCAGAGGAUGCCUGGGCGCCGGCACGCGAGUUUGUUUGCGGGCGUGGGCCCGAAUUUGAAGAUGUUUUCGGUUGGGGCUUUGGGGGUUGAUGAUGAGUGUUGA